AUGAGAGACAAGAGGUCUAUCGAGUCUAAAUUAGACUCACCGGUACAUACAACUCCACAGAAAACAACCGUGGUGGAAAAGGAAUCUGAGCAUGAUAGUGACUAUAAGAAUUCCACCGAUGUUAAUGUCCCUGCACCAUCUAAUGUGCAUGUCGCCCCAUUCCCUCAGAGGUUGACUCAACAAAAAGGAGGUACCCACUACAAUGAGAUGUUGGAAAUGUUUAAACGUGUAAACAUUAACAUUCCAUUUCUCGAAGCAAUCAGGCAGAUACCUACCUAUGCUAAAUUUUUGAAACACCUAUGCACAGAAAAACGCAAACAUCAUGUGCACAAGCGUGCUUUUCUCAUUGAGCAGUUAGGUCUUGGGGAGCUGAAACCCACUCUUGUUACGCUAAAAUUAGCGGACAGAUCUGUCAAAAUACCUCGUGGUAUUGUUGAAGAUGUGUUAAUCAAGGUGGAUAAAUUUUAUUUUCAUGCGGACUUAAUUGUUCUAGAUACUCAACCUGUACAAAACCCAGACUGCCACAUUCCUGUCAUUCUAGGACGUCCUUUUCUGGAGAUAUCCAAUGCUAUCAUAAAUUAUCGUAAUGGAGUGUUGAACUUGUCAUUUGGGAACAUGACUGUGGAAUUAAAUAUUUUCCGGAUUAGCCAACAGCAUAUGGAUUUUUAUGAUAAUGAAUUGCAUGAGAUUAAUAUGAUUGAGAGUCUGAUCCAAGACUCAUUGCCUGACAUCUUAUUUGUGGACCCUUUGCAAGCAUGUUUAUAUAACUUCGACUUAGAUCUUUUUGAUUCUGAAUACAUUAGUGAGGUUCACUCUUUGCUUGAAUCUGUGCCACCCAUGGAUAUUGCUAAAUGGCAGACUGCAGUGAAACCACUUCCACUCUCUGAUUCUGAAUCUUACCCGAUUCCUAUCGAACCACCUAAGCUUGGUUUGAAACCAUUGCCUGAUACUUUGAAAUAUGCUUUCUUAGGUACUUCUGAUACCUUGUGA